AUGCACCACAGCAAGGGCUACAAGAUGAAUCCUCUAUCUCCCUCACACCUCACUCACUUGAAGAUCCUAACCACAAUAAACAUCAAGCAUACAUCUCCCUCAUCGAGUCUUACUCAUACCGGCCACCCAUCUUCUCGGCGGUACAAGAAGAUAUUCCAGUCACACCCAGACACGAACCCGCUCGACUACCCAUGA